AUGACUUCCUCGGGAGAGGCUCUACCACAGACUUACUACGACACUGUGGAGCCAUAUCUCAGGCACGGAAACAAACCAGGAGACAGACAGUACCUCGCAGACAUCCUACAAUCAUGGAGUCCCGAGAUCGACACAAACAAUGAUAUCGGCUGGGCCCUUCACUACGCUAUUUUUCAAGGAAAUCACGCCGCUGUGCAAAUGAUAAUCGACGCCGGCGCCAGUCCUAGCCUACGAGACCGCCAAGACCCCGGCUUAACACCACUUCUGGCGGCUUCGCAGUACGGCAGACUCCAGAUGGCACAACUUUUCUGGGAACGGAUUGGCCCUGAAGGGCGCUUGAUGCCUAGCAAAAGACGAAAGUCCAGUCCUACCUGUUUGCAAAUAGCUGCCAGAAACAAUCAUGCAGAUAUCACGGCCUACUUUCUGGGCGUAUGGGACGGCUGGGGAGACGAGGAUAAAUACCUAGCCCUGCAAGACGCAGCAUCAGCAUGGUGUGAUGACACCGCCGCUGUGCUCCUGGCUGAUUUAGAAGGCCAGUACGGACCUGACACUAUUCAAGAUGCCCUGGAGAAGGCUGUUGGAAGUCGGAUGAUUCUUCCCGAGCACGAAACGAAACCAGAUCCUAACGCCACUGACAUGGCUCGGCAACAAAAGCUAGUUAUUCGCCUCAUUGACGCCGGUGCAGAUCCAGACAGCAACAGCGCCCGUCUCAAUCAGCCUCUUCUGAUACAUAGAGCUUCAGCAUCUCCGGAUCGCAUUGGCGCACUAAAAGGACUGCUGGACAAAGGGGCAAAUCCAAAUCGUGUGGAUUCCCAGGGCAAGACCGCUCUUCACCAUGUUUUCCAUUCAUUCAAGAGAGGGAACGCCGAAGAUGUCGCUCUGAAAACACUUCUCCAACACGGCGCUCUGGUCGAGGUGGUGGACGAGAACGGAGAGACGCCCCUCCACGUUGUUGCACAGGUUGCAAGCUGUGAGCAGCUGAAGCUCUGUCUAUCACACUGCGAUGCAUCGGAAGCCGAGGGCACAAGACUACAGAAUAUCCACGGAGAAACGCUGCUUCAUUACGCCGCGGUCGGUGGGCAGAGAGACACUGUCGAGUUCUUACUGGACUUUGGCCUAGACGUGAACGUGUCCAAUACUAAUGGGUGGACACCUCUAUUGUGCUCCCUAGCGCUUGUCGUAGGGAAGAAAACAUCAGAAAUGUGCGAAACAGCCAGCUUCCUACUUCAGCAUGGUGCCGCACCCACUGUUGUCACGGAUGAGGGCUGGACCCCUCUUCACGCCUUGGCAUCUUGGCCUGUUGCACACGACUCGACGGUCAGGUCGGAUGUUGCCAUUUUGGCGGAACGACUUAUCUCGGGCGGUGCGCCUAUGGGUCUGAAAUCGAAGGUCAUUCGCAGUCCCUCGACUACGUGGAAGAUGCUGAGUGAUGUUUGGGGGUUCCGGUUGGGUGACUUUGUAAAGAAUGCGGCCGUCAAUGUUCGAGAUCUUGGCCAGGCGGAUAGUACCACGCCACUGAUGUGGGCGAGAAGAAGCAAAGCAACGGAUGUGGUAGAUGUUAUUGCGGCUCAUGUAGCACGGCAGCUUGACUGUCAUCUACUGGCCUGA